GGCCGGCCCAGAAUCGCGCUCCCUCGCUGCCCCACCGCGUGCGUGUGUCUGGGAAUAGGCGGCGCUCCCUGCGACUCCCAUUCGCCGCCGCUCCCCACUCCCGCUCCGCUCCCAGAUCACGCCGCCGCCGCCGGACGGGUCACGCCGCCAUCGUCGCUGCGGAGGUCGCCGCUGCUGGGAGAGCUUAAGCGCCAGCAGCCAUGUCCAUCAGAUCUCUCAUCGCCGCGGCCAGGUCCAGCCAUGCCCUCGCCACUGCUACCAUCUCCCAGGCGGCCUCCAGGGCGCACCAGCACGCCGGUGUGCCUCCGCUGCUCUCGAGGCUUGCACCACUAGCCCGCGCCUUCAGCUCAAGCCCUGCAGCAGCGGAUGUCGCUUCAGAUGUCCCUGUCAUGGAAGUGCAGAAACGGCGGGUGGGCAAAAAGGCCAAGGGCGCGAAAAGCGGAAAAGCCAUGAUGUUCCCACUCCAUUUCCACUACGAAGAUGUGUUGCGUGAGGAUCUGUUGCUCAAACUUAACCACACCAACACCAUGGAGGUCCCUGGGUUGUUUGAGAUCAGACUGGUGCCCAAGUCUACCACGGGUGCCAAAAUCCAGUUUGGGAAACUGGCCAUGGAGAUUCUGUGCGGCCAGAGAUGCAUACAGGCGGAGCUGCCUGCCCAUCUGAAAGGAAAGGCGACCAACGCAUACCUGGGGUCCCAGAAGGACGCCGUGUCCCUGAGGCAGAGCAUCAUCCGUGGGCACGGCAUGUACAACUUCCUGGUAAGGGUCCUGACAGUGAUGUCCAUGUUGGAUUCCAAGGUGGCGAUCGAGCAGGGGAACUGCGUAAAGUUCUUCAUGGCCACGGAGUUCUGCGAGUUCUCCCCCGAGAUAGAGGACCACUUCGAGAUCUUUGAGACCAUCGGAGGGUUCAACGUGACCAUCGUCACCACGGCCUGCUCGAAGGAGGAGACCUCGCUGCUGUGGAGCGGCUUCUUGCUCAAGGAUGAAGGUGAGAUCAGCUAAGUCUGAUGCUUGAGUGAGAUCACCAGCGUCACAGCUAAAGACGAAAUGAGACGAAAGCUUCUACCAUUUUGUGAUCUGAUCUUUUCUAGCUAGAGUCGAUGACCAGCUUUUCAUUCUGGAGCAAUCUUGUUGGGGGAUGGAACUGAAUUCCUCUUGUUGUGUUUAUCUUCAGAAGAGGCUCGUUUUACUUCUGAUAUGCAGAGAUUCAUUGGUUUCUACGCUGGCAAAUUUCUAGAUGGUGAUUAUCCUAGUUGAAUCCUGAUAGGCUUGGCCAUCCUCUUCAUGUGAGGAGAACUAAAUAAUAAUGCAUUUGAUUAAAUCUGUGGCAAA